UCUCUGUAGUUCCUAAACGAUUUUGCUACAUUCAUGCUACUUCAUAAAUCUUAUUUUUUUUGUGAAUCUCACCCCAUAAAUUUUUACUAAGAUGCCCAAGAAGAAGACAGGUCAGAGGAAGAAGGCCGAGAAACAAAAAUUACGCCAGAAGGAAAUCCGCUCUGGCAAGGAAAUGAAACCGUUAGCAGAUUGGGCAUGCAACUCGAAUAUGGAAUGUGACAGGUGCCAACGGAAGCAAAAGUUACGAGCUUUUUGCUACUUUUGCCAGUCACUCCAGCGACUUCCUAUGUGUGGUCACUGCGCCAAAGUAAAAUGCAUGUUGAAAACAGGGGAUUGUGUCAUCAAGCAUGGAAGUGUUUUUACAACUGGAUUGGCCAUGGUGGGUGCAAUCUGUGAUCACUGUGAGGCUUGGAUCUGCCAUGGCAAAAAGUGCCUAAGUGUGCACGGCUGCUUGUGUCCCCUGCAAGAUGCUGUUUGUGUAGAGUGUGACAGGAACGUAUGGGGUCAUGGCGGAAGGAUCUUUCAGUGCUCAUUUUGCUCAAGUCACCUCUGUGAAGAUGAUCAGUUUGAGCACCAGGCUUCUUGCCAAGUCUUGGAAGCAGAAACGUACAAAUGCCAGUCCUGUAAUCGGCAUGGCCAAUAUUCUUGCCUGAAAUGCAAGAUCUGCUAUUGCGAAGAUCACGUUAGGCGUAAGGGCUUCAAGUACGAGCGCGGCCAGCCCGUCCCUUGUCCGAAAUGUGGCUUCGAGACCAACGAAACCAAAGACAUGAGCAUGUCAACCCGUACCCAUAAAUAUGGCCGACAGAAACCUGCUGGAGAUUACGGCGACGAAGACGACGAUGGAGAUGAUUACGGAGAUGCAGAUUAUACUGGAGGUGCUAGCGGUGGAUCCUAUUCCUACACUUACGAUGACGACGACGACGAUGAUGAUGAUGACGAUGAUGAAGAAUCAUCCGACGAAGAGGAUAGUGACGAAUCUGCUGAAGAGGAAGAAGAAGAAGAGAAAAAAGAGCAUGCGGAGAAACCCUGAAAUGUGAAGACUAAGGAAACCUAACGGAUCCGUAUGUUCCAUCUAUUAGAUCAAUAAACAAUGGACGAUUAAUGCUUGCUUUUAUUCGUCUUUAAGUCUCA